CAGAAAAUUUAUUAGAUGAAAGAAUUUGAAACAACAAUUAUUUUCCUGAUGAUACCUGACAAAUUAGAAAUGGACCAAAAAUUGGUGCGAGAGUGGUUGACAGAAUAUAAGGCCUUGCCAGGUUCUGGGAUGCCAGCUUUUGCUCGCCAAAUCAGCAGUAAUGUGGACCUUCUGAAGGCUCUAUUUCAUGUCCUUAAUUCAAGCUCCUCAGUGUACCAAGAUUCUGUAUGCAGUCAGCUCUUUGAGUUUUACCGAUCAGGACACCUGGAACUCAAACGGUUCUGCAUCCAGUUUGUCCCUCUUCUGGUAUGGCAGUAUCUCCGUUCCAUAGCUAUGCAAGAGGUAGACAAUUGGAAGGAUAGAGAGCUUGCUUCUGGGCAUAUACAACCUGGAGGUUGUAGAAGCAGAUGGAACCCCAGAGCAGAGACUUUUACCAUUCCAACAUUGGCAAGGCCAUCAAUAUUCCAUGAGCCGAUGAGCCCUCUGUCGCUGUCUGACAACCUUCUACUCAGUCAUCAGAAUGAUCACACUGUGCUCACUAGGGGGCCUCUUCCACAGAUCAGUACUGUUAAUGGUCAGAACAGGGGCAACAUUCUGUGCCACGUUUUAUCACAGUACAAUGCUGACAUCGGCUUCCUCUCCUCACUCUCACUCCAGUCCAUGUGUGCUGUCUACUCAAGACCUAGAUGUAAAACCAUACUUUUAGCUAAUACCAUCCAUUUUCUUUGCCAACAGACUUGCUUGACUGGGUUCAGUAACAGCAUUCCAAGUCAUCCAUCUUCUUCCUCCUCCUCCUCCUCAUCAGGUCAAAGGUCAAAGAGUGCUGACCUUCAUCUCAACCUUAACAACCACCCCAGGAUACCCCUCACACCAAACAUCAUGCUAGAGAUGAUGAAUGGCGUCUAUUUUGCAAUGUUCAAUGGGCAUGCUACAGCAGCAACACAAGCCCUUGAAGACAUCCACUUCAGGGCAAGCUACGAGCUCUAUGCUGAGGUCCUGCUAGUGACCAACGCCAUCAAGAACUCCCUCGAGACCAAUCCAUCAGGUCGACCUAGCGAUGGACCGGUCGGUAUCAACAUAGCGGUCACUCCAGCGUCUCCUGUGGUCAAGAGAGCAGCCAUCACCAAUGCGUCCUUCAAGAACAGGAGAAACAAAGCUGAUACACCAACCUCCACCACCACUAUCACAGUCAUGAUCGAAGGAGUGGAGAAGGGCGACGGAAAACUGCAGAGAAGCUCGGAGAAAAUGAUUGUCCGCAAAACAAAUUCUGAUCACGUGGCGGACGAUCGGCGGUCGCCGCGUAACCGUGGCAGCCAGGAAUUUCACAAAAAUGGCACAGAGCCAGACGAAGCACAUCCACUCAUCAAACAAAGGACCAGUAGAAGCCUAGAGGCAUUGGAACUGAAGAAUAUCUCAAACUCAACAAUCGCGACAAAUGGCAAGAGUGUGGAACAUUUAUCGCACAGUGACACAAGGACAUCACCCUCGGCCAAGUUCGCACUUUAUGGAAGAUCCGCGUCCAAGGAAAAUAUACACGGAUCGGAGGACAAUUUGAUGGGCGGGGAGUUAUCCCCAACAGAAAAAACGGGGCUUAUGGAUGGUUUAGACGUGAGGUAUACAGGACUAAAUGGGGACCAGAAUAGCAAUAGCAACAGCACCGGAGCAAACAGCCGGAAUAGCGUGAGCUAUGAGACUACACUAUGAUAAAGUACCUUUCUUCAAAUUUUGUGAAUCAAGGAAAUCUUUCAGUAAUGAGACAAACAUUUUCCGUACAACUUAGAAGAUUUGAGAUUCUGGGGCUUCUUACUGAAUAUUUAUGUGUAGGUUUCCAAUCAAAACAGCCAUUCCAAAUGCACUAAGAUGAAGAAAAAAAGAAAG